AUGUCAAGUAGCUACAAACUCUACGACUAUGAUCCCUCCACCAGUGCGGCCAUCAUUCUCGCCGGACUAUUCGCCGCAACCACCGUGCUGCAUCUCAUCCAGAUGUUCCGCACGCGGACAUGGUAUUUUGUACCGUUCAUCAUCGGCGGCUUGUUCGAAGCAUUCGGCUACAUAAUCCGGUACUUCAGUGCCAAACAAACCCCGAACUGGACCGUGAUGCCCUACGUCGGACAACAGCUACUGCUCCUCCUCGCUCCGUCUCUCUUCUCCGCCUCCAUCUACAUGAUCCUAGGACGGAUCAUCCGCCUCGUCCACGGCGAUUCACGCUCCCUUAUCCGACCAUCCUGGCUAACCAAGGUCUUCGUGACGGGCGACGUGCUUUCAUUCUUCAUCCAGAGUGGUGGUGGUGGCAUGAUGGCUAGUGCCAAAACCCCUAGCAGUGUGUCUUUGGGUAAUAGGGUCAUCGUGAUCGGUCUCAUUGUCCAGUUGGUCUUUUUCGGGUUCUUUAUCGUUGUUUCUAUGGUCUUUCAUCUGCGGAUGAGAUCCUCGCCAACCCCAGUGUCUCUGUCGAUCAGUCCACCGUGGUAUACCUAUAUGCGGGUGUUGUACGUUGCCAGUGUGCUUGUUAUGGUUCGGUCUGUUUAUCGUGUGGUGGAGUAUGUUCAAGGUACUAGUGGGGUUUUGCAACAGCAUGAGGUAUAUCUCUAUAUAUUUGAUACUGUGCUGAUGUUGUUGUGUUGUCUGUUGUUUAAUGUUAUGCAUCCGAGUCGUAUUCUCUCGGAUCGACAACCUUAUGAUAAGGUGGAUGCGGAUCAGGUUGAGAUGUUGGGUUCGGAGCGGUGA